UUAAGCGAGGCAACGGGAGAGAGAGGCGUAAGGGAGGAGGAGCUCAGCGAAGCGAUCGGAUGGGAUCGCGGUGGAUGGCGUGGAACAAAGCUCGGCACUGAGCGCGGUGGGCAAUGGAAGUCAAGGCGCGGCGUCGGAAGGCGAGCGGCCGCAAGGUUUCCAAAGAGUUGGACGGCGGCAUGGGACCUGCAGCGGCGAGGAGGAGCCGGCCGCGGCUGGUGAGGUACGAGGAGCUGCCGGAGUUUCUCAAGGACAACGAGUUCAUUCGCGGCCACUACCGCGCCGAAUGGCCCAUCCGCGACGCCCUCCUUAGCGCCUUCGCCUGGCACAACGAAACCGUCAACGUGUGGACGCAUUUGGGUGGCUUCCUCCUUUUCCUGGCGCUGACGGUGGCGUGGGCAAUGGAGCCGAUCGAGUUCACCGGCGCAGUCGUCCCGCCGCUCGCCGAGUUCAUCGUUGGAUCAUCGGAUUCUUCAUUGUGGAAAAACAUAUCAGGAAAUAUUUUGACAGAUAACUCCUCGUGGCUGUCGACCUUACUCUCCAACUUCGACAACGUCGCUGUCGCCGUCCCGCGUUGGCCGACACUUGUCUUCCUGCUCGGUUCGAUGGGCUGCCUCUCCAUCAGCGCUGUCUCUCACCUCCUCGCCUGCCACUCCCCCCGUCUGAACCUCUUCUUCUGGCGCCUCGACUACGCCGGCAUUUCCCUCAUGAUCGUCUCUUCCUUCGUGCCCCCUGUCUACUACGCCUUCCUCUGCCAUCCCGUCGCCCGCCGCGCCUACAUCGGUGCCAUCGCCGUUCUCGGUCUCCUCGCUGUGGUCACUCUCCUCGCCCCAGCCCUCUCCUCCCCUCGCUUCCGCCCCCUCCGUGCCGUCCUCUUCCUCACCAUGGGCUUCUCUGGCGUCGUGCCUGCUGUGCACGCCCUCUGCUUGAACUGGGACCACCGCGAAGUUCACAUCGCGCUUGCCCUGGAGGUCGCCAUGGCCGUGGCCUACGCCUCCGGGGCGACGGUGUACGUGAGAAGGAUCCCGGAGCGGUGGCGCCCGGGGGAGUUCGACCUUGUGGGACACAGCCACCAGAUAUUUCACGUUCUGGUGCUCGUCGGCGCCCUCACGCACUGCCUCGCCACCAAGGUGUUGGUCGAUUGGCGAAACCGGCCAAUGAUGGCCUCCUGCAGCGAUUUACAUGCCACUGCAACAUCUGUCCUCGCGACGUGAUUCUUCCAAACGAAUUCGACGUCGUCAAUCGAGAUUAAUGAUCAUGGCACGAGGGAGAGAGAUCGAGCUGUGACCUGAGCUCGUACGUACACUUCUCCUGCAGGGAGAUGCUCUGUUCCAUGUCUCUGACAAUUACGGGUGGAAAUGUAGCUAGAAACCGAAGCCCAGUCAUUUUGGCAGGUAUAUUCACAUGGAAUAUUACAUUCCAGUUGGAUGAAU